GCUAAAUUGGAUCGACAAGACGAACUUUUGGGGUGUAGUAGAAACCGAUAUUUUCGCUAUCUAGGUGCGCAGGCUGAUACAAACCUCAAAGGGAAGGCAUGAUGAAGAUUUAACUGCAUCUCAGUUUUUUUCUUGUUCUCUGACGAAAUCAUUGACUGUUCUUCAUAAAAACACUCAAUAUUUCAUCAUUGUCGGGUACAACCUCGUCUCUUCAAUCACCUCAAAAUUUCUUUGCCUCACAAAGACACCUCUUCCCCGCCAUGGAUUUCCAGGCAUACAGAGAUAACGCAUCCAUGCAAAGGCCGAUACUGAAGCUGAAGCAUCAUUCCAUCUUCUCUUGGGAGGAAGGAAGCAUUGAACAGAGAGGACUUACUAAUGAAGAGGUAUUUGCACUCCAAGCUAUCGAAGUGGUGACAAAAAAAGCUGCCCGACUAUUCGGAAUAGAUUUGGGGACACCGAGCAAGAUCUUACGUGGCGCUGAUUUGACCUUAAGUAUAUCUUUUGCGGACAAGAUAGCCGAUGACCAUAUAUACCGACCAAGAGAACAAAAAGCAGACCGAGGUAUUUCCCUUAGAGAUGCAACUGUUAAUGAACCUAAAGCUGGGAUGAGGAGUAAAAGCAAAUUGACAUGCGGCUGGUGUGAGAUGGAUUCGUCCGUUUCUGCAGAGAAAAGCGAGAGAGCAUGGGCCAGCCUUCCCACGUUGUUGAAACACCAACAUUCUGAGUUUCACGCCCCCAAACCGAGAGACAGAUAUGAUAUUGUUCACAGUCACGUAGCCGAUCAAGAAUUAACAGUAGAGAAGACUGGCUGCCUUCAUGAAACUACAGACACGGUACCGCAACAGUUCGUCCAAAUCAAGAACACAGACGUGACCAGUAACGAAGGAUCAGAAGAUGGAAGAGGCAAGAGAAACCUCAAGUCAACAGAACCAAACAAACACGAAGAUACUUGGUGCAAAUGGCUCAGAGACCCGGAGUGCCCGAAUCAUGUUGAACGGCCAAUUUUAAGCUUCUCAGAAGCAAUUACUGAUAGACAUGUGGAACGAAAUAAAAUGCCACGAGGAAGCAAUGACGAAUGUGAUAGUCUUCUGCUGUCUAGUUUUGAACCUUUAGAAUACCCUGGGGAAGUUGUAUCAGAUCAAAACUUUUUAUCAUCACCUGAGCACGGCAUCAAAACUACUUACCCUUCAUGCGAGCUUGAUGUGACUUUAAUCAGGGAAUUCGCACCUGAAUCAACGACUGGUAACUUUGUUGAGCCUCAGUCAAAUCUAAUAAGCUUCGAAGAUGUGACAUCUGAAAGUAGAUUGCCAGAAGACUGGCAAGAUUGUUGGAUAGUCUUCGGAGAGUCUGGCGAUACGCUAUUGGAUGGUUAGCAGGGGAAGUGGAGUCACGAUGUCGCGGUUAUUUUUUUGCUUCAAUAGGAUCCGAGCAUCGUAAUUACAAGCAUGAUUGAUUUUUCAGUAU